UCUUUAGGAAAGAACCCGACGUGUUUUCCCGACAGCAAAGCCCCUUGUGGUGACAGAGAAAUACCGAUUCCACACUUAUUUAUCUCUCAAACUCAACCCUCCUUCUUCCCUUCUACUAGGUCCAAUAUGCCGGUGUACAAGGUAGCCAUAAAAGCCCAGUUUGAAAAUGUGACCGAUUUGGAGGCCCCGGGAGAAGACUUCCAGUAUUGCAUUAAGACUCAGUGCAACACAUGCAACGAAGUGAGUGAGAAGUGGCAGUACGUGUCAGGGGACGAGCAGGUGGAAAUGCCAGGGUCACGGGGCACUUGCAACAUGCUCUACAAGUGCAAGCUAUGCAACAGAGUUAACACAAUGGACGUCCUCGUUCAGAAGAAAAAGUUGUACACAGCAGAUGACGUCCCCAAAAUGAAGGAGGUCAUAGCCUUUGAAUGCCGAGGAAUGAGUGUGGUCAACUUCAAAUUCGGAAAAGGAUGGCAGUGCAAAGGCAGUGAGAGUGGGACCCCCUUCCUCGACCUGGACCUUGAUGAGGAGUGGUGCGACUAUGAUGAAGACGGCAACUGCCCUGUUGGCAUCUCAGAACUGGAGUACAAGAUCGUGUAAACAGACUUACAGAAAUAGAUUCAGGUGUCUGUGUGACUGCAAAGGAACUGAUAUGUUGUUGUGACUGCAAAUGAAAUGGUCUUACUCUCCUAUAAAAGUUUAGUAGAUAUUAUUAGAAUACUUACAAGGGGUAACACUUUUUUAUUGUUGCUGUGAGAUGCCAAAGGUGAUUUUUCUAACAUAACUGAAAAGAUAAGAACCAGUGUAAGUGGUGUAUCAUCUUUCCAUUUUUUUGUCAGCUGUAUCAUUGUGUGUGUUUGUUAUGGAUUAUGCUAAUUGUUAGCAUUUUGUUAUUUUUUUACUUACAACAUUCAUUGAAAUAGGGCUAGAAGAGAAAUAUAAAAAGAGAGGAAAAGGUUCAUUUUUAGCUAUGAAAUAUUAGUCAUUUUGCAGUUAAAAUGUGUCUGGGGCAAUAAAACAUUUGUAAGCA